AUGUCAGCUUCCAACUAUUCUACUGUCAAUUAUGAUAUGCUUGUGCUGAUUGGCAUCCCUGGCCUGAACGAGCUACACAUGUGGAUCUCCAGCCCCUUCUGCCCAAUGUACCUGAUGGCAGUGUCAGGGAAUGGUAUCCUGAUCUAUGUGGUGACUGUGGAACACAGUCUUCAUGAACGUAUGUACCUCUUCCUCUCCAUGCUGGCUUUUUGGGAUCUGAUUCUAUCCACAUCCAUGGUACACAAAGCCCUGAGUAUCUUCUGGUUGGAUGAUGUGGACAUUUCCUUCAAUGGCUGUGUCACCCAGCUCUUCUUUAUGCAUUUUGCCUUUAUAGUUGAGUCACGCAUUCUCUUGUCCAUGGCUUUUGACCACUAUGUGGCCAUCUGCUACCCAUUGAAUACCACCGUUCUUGUCCACAGUGUCAUUGGCAAAUUUGGGGGUAUUGUGGUGUUCAGAAGUUUUGCACCUGUCUUCCCCAUUGUCUUCCUUGUGAAGUGGUUGACCUUCUGCCGGACAAACAUCACUGCCCACACAUUCUGUGAACAUAUGGGGUUGGCAAAGCUGGCUUGUGCUGAUAUCACCAUCAAUAUCUGGUAUGGAAUCUCUGUGCCACUGCUCAGUGUUAUGCUACAUAUGGUGACGAUAGUUAUCUCCUAUGGCCUCAUUCUCCAGGCAGUCUUCAGACUGCCAUCCCAUGAUGCUCGCAUGAAAGCAUUCAAUACCUGUGGUUCCCAUGUCUUUGUCAUCCUCUUGUGCUACCUUCCAGGGAUUUUCACUGCCAUUGCUCAGUGCUAUGGCCAAAAAAUCCCCAAGCAUGUCCACAUCUUGCUGGCCAAUCUCUAUGUUCUUGUUCCCCCCAUGAUGAACCCAAUUAUUUAUGGAGUAAAGACCCAACAGAUUCGUGAAUGA